AUGCAAUUGCAAUUCGAGUCUGUGGUUGCGAUUAGGGUGCAUCCUGGAUGUUUGUUCAGCAAUAACCCCGCCAACUCCGCUAUCACAUGCGGGUCCAGCGGUCGCUCCUGCCAGUCAUUACCGACUGCCACCGAGGCUGCUGUCGUCGGGAGAAGUAGGAACAUGAAGAAGAAGGAACAUGUGAGGUGA